UAAAUGAAUAAAGAAAAGCUCAUGAAGUUUAUGUUAUAAUAAAUAUAUAAACAUUUAAACAUAUACAACUUAUAGUGAUAGACAAUGAUUAGUGUUGUAGCUGAAAACGUGCUAGGCACUGCCGGGACUAUCUUUUGGUGUAUCCAAUUAGUACCACAGAUCAUUAGAAAUUAUAAAGUUAAAGAUUGUGAAGGAUUGCCUCCUUUAAUGAUGUUUCUUUGGGCAGCAUGUGGUGUUCCAUUCUCAAUUUAUUUUGUAGGAACUAGUGGAAGUAUUCCAUUACAAAUUCAACCUCAAUUAUUUACAUUCUUUUGUACAGUUAGUUGGGCUCAAACAUUAUAUUAUCCACCAUAUCAACUUCCCCGGAAAAGGAUGAUAUUUUAUGUAACAUCAUUUGUUUUAAUAUCCAUUGGAUUAGAAUUAGGAUUUAUCCUUUGGUUACGUCCAGUAUAUAAUCAUGGAACUCAUUGGCCAAUGCUUAUUAUGGGGAUUUUAGCUUCAAUAUUAUUAGCUCUUGGAUUAAUUCCACCAUAUUUUGAAUUAGCUAAAAGACAAGGACGUGUUGUGGGAAUUAAUUUUGUAUUUUUAUUUAUGGAUUCUAUGGGUGCAUUAUUAUCUAUGCUUAGUAUUAUUGUUGGAACAUUUGAUGUUAUGAGUAUGGUACUUUAUGUUAUUGUUUUAGUACUUGAAAUUGGAAUUGCUACUAGUCAUAUUAUAUGGUACUUUAGAAUGGGUAAACGUAUUUUAAAGGAAGAAAAAGCUCAAGCAGAACUUGAAGCUGAAACUAAGCUUGAAUUGGAAGAUACUUCAGAUCAAGAAUGUGCUGAUAAGUUAACAGUAGACAUGGAGAUAUCUCAUUCAUUAAGAUCUGAAGAGAUCUGAAUCCUGUAUCAUAGUUACGAAUUACUUUCUUACUGAUUAAUUAAUUAAUAAUUAUUUAUUUAUUUAUUUAUUUAUUUAUUUAUUUAUUU